AUGCAGCCAGCAUCUGAUGCCAGCAACCUGCUUCCUCCCGAGGGCCAGCCAGCCUCGACCAGCGGCCCCUACGCGCUAUUCUGCCAAUACUGCAACUGGUCCUCCACUGAUAUCGGAAUCCAAUUCGACCGACCGAGCGGCAUCCACUCGCAGCUCGGCAAGCUGAACAACGGCGGCACCCCAAAGAUUACCAUCAGGGACGUCAAGGAGAGGCGGAAAGAGAAUCCAGACGAGGCGCCACUCCCGGACCAUCAGGUCGACCGCGAUCUGCAGUUUGCAGCCUUGAGAGCCUUUUAUCAAGAUCAACUAGCGAAUGCGAAUCCGUCGCUCAACAACAUGCCGCUGCAAGGCGGCGUGGGGUUCUCCUCGCCGGCCGCUCUGUCGAGGAUAAUGUCGCUGUACACCGGCCGCAGUCAUCCCGGGCGGAUGCAGCAGGGCCCGGCGGAGAUCAUGCGCGAGGCACAGAGCUCGGAGGAGGGCUUCAAGCUGCCCCAACUGGACGAGUCAGGCUUGAUCGAGAAGUUGACCCGCGGCGGAUGGCAAGCCACUACUUCCUCAGAGCAGCGUGCCCACCACGUCUUGGCAGGGCGCUUUCAAGAUGAGCUGCGGCCCAUACCGUAUCUGCUGCGUACCAAGCGCUCCAAGCGCUGCCCCGUCUGCCGCCACAUCAUCUCCAAACCCGAGAACAAAGUCACGUCCACGAGGUUCAAGAUUCGGCUCGUGGCCAAAUCGUACAUCCCCACCAUCACGAUCCGUCCCAUGCACCCGACGGCGGCGCCUGUGCCUGUCACAUCUCGGCCGGCUACCAACGACGAGGCGCCGCUGAGACCGCUGAGACCGCACCAGUACAUCCUGACCUUUAAAAACCCGCUCUUUGAAAGCAUCAAGGUGACGCUGGCGACGCCAAACACUACACCUGGAAGGUUUGCCAGUAAAGUCACCGUUUUGUGUCCCGAGUUCGAAGUCGACGCCAACACUGACAUGUGGGACGACGCUUUGAAAGACGAAGGCAAGGACGGGGGCCGCAAGAGAGACGAUGGUGCCGCCCAGGGAGAAGUGGCCAAAAUAUGGGAAAGGGGCCGCAACUGGGUAAGCAUUAUACUCGAAGUCGUCCCUGCAUCCCUGCGGCCGGAGCAUCAGUUCCUGCUGGGAAGGGACAAGGACGACGUGGACCAUGGUCCCUUGAAAGAGGACGAGGACGUUCUGGAGAUACCCAUGUUUAUACGCAUCGAGUGGGAGGCGGAUCCCCAGCAUGAUGUAGUCCCGGCGCUUGGAAAGGACAAGGAAGCCAAAGAGAAGAGGGAGCUGGCAUAUUGGUGUGUUCUCGGCGUCGGACGCAUCAGUCACGAAUGA